AUGGAAUCUGCAGCGCACGAGAAGCCAGGAGUGGUGGCGGUCGCUUCGUGCCAGCACGCCCAAGAGGUCAAGGUUGCUUCGGCUUAUAAUCAGCCAUCCCGCAGUGUUGGACUUGGGCGCAGCAGCUCAUGGAUGAUCACUACAUCAGCACCUGUGUAUCCGCCCACCGAUGGAGGAUUCGUUGGGUGGUUCCAGAACGGGACGGAUGCGUCAAGGUAUUGGUGCGGAGGCGAUGAAACUUAUGACACUGCAAGCACGGCGUCUACGCAGGGACGCUGCUGUACACCAGGCGAGGGAGAAUGCGCCCCUGCAACAAGAUGUGAUGGGACAACAAAGGUUUAUGCCAAUGGAGAUACUGUUCUUUGUUCCGAAACGAAAUCCUGUGUUGAAGCAACGAUAUACGAAGACCAGCAGUCGUCUGAGGAUGGCGAUGCCGCGACGAUGGCGGCGUGUGUGCGCUCCCCAUACGCGACGGCCUAUUAUCGCACUGCCAUUACUACAUUUACUACGGAUGUCCCCGAUGACUUUUCAUCUUCCUCGUCUAUACCACCACCGACAGCGACGCCUAUUGAUUCGGCUACAGAUGACACUACGGAUAAUACAGAGGGCAAAGACUCAGAGUCUGGUAAAGACAACAAAGGAGCCAUUAUUGGAGGUACCAUUGGUGGCGUUGCAGGUCUUGUCCUGAUUAUACUUGCCGCGUGCCGGAAAAACAAAGGAGGCAGCCUCAGCAGGGACAUUGACAAGCUUGUGGAAUCGUUCAUUCGGAAUCAUCCACCCCCAGAACCUGGGUCUUGGUCUGGUGAAGCAAGACUUCCGUACCCAGUAAUUCUUCCCCAGCGGCGUCCUUCCAGCCGAAAACGCGGAUUCAUCCGGGCGUAUGCACCGGUGCUCGAGGGCUUCGGUAUAGACCAGACCAUUUUCCUCGACUUCUUGGAUACCGCAGAACGCGCUGGCCAGGCAAGACCGUGGAUGAAUGCAAUAAACUUGGCAUCCUUCGGUACUGCCAUGCUACCGAGUGGAAUUUCCAUCGCAACUUCUAUUGCAGUUCAGAUGGCUGUCAAAACGGCUGUGGAGGUAGAAGGGAGGAGAAGGACGAAUACAUUCUUCGAUGCAGUCAAUGAUGGCUACUUUCGGCCGCGCGGUCUGUAUUGUCUGGUCAUGACGUCUAAACCCGAGUCGUCUUCUCCCUAUGCAGUAUUUGACCUCAAUGCUGCUAUUGAGCCGUCCCUCGACUAUGGGGAAACAGGUCUGUUGGGAAAGUUCCGCUAA